AAAAUCGGGGGAGGACCUAACGGGAUUCCAAAACUAGUUUUGUUUGAUAGUUGAAAUAAUCUGCCCGGAUCUUGUUUAUUAAAUAUAUUUUAUAAAAUCCAAUAGGCCCUACCAGCGUGGAAACAGAAAUGGAAGACAAAGGUGUUUGCGAGGAGACGGAGACCAGUCAACCCCAAAACAUCACUCCUGAAGCAGAGCAGGGUCCCCUGUUUUCAGUCACGUUUCAGACGGACCCACAUCGAAAACUGAAAUACUUGGAGUCAGAACCUAAAGCAUUAGGGGUGACCCAAAUUACCAUCAGUGUGUAUAAGAUCUUCGUUUACGCACUAUUCUAUGUCCUUGGAUUGGAUCUCCCGAUUGAGCAGAUCGGUUAUCUGAUUGGAUAUGUGUCGGUGAUGGUAGCUGGUUGUCUGGCCUUGGCGGCUCAGAAUCUCCAUCUUCCCACUCUGAAGGCCUGUCUGGGGAUGCAGGUGGUGGCCUGUGUGGUCUCUAUAUUGAACUUGCUCGUGGACCUACUUUUUGGUCUGGACACCCCCUUCAGUCAAACUGGGUGCUGGAUGUCAUUGCAUUACAACGAUACAGGAGUCCAACAUGAUAACUGCAUGAUGCUGUCAACGGCGCUCGAAAGUUAUUCUGUUGAGCAUUUCCUGAUCCAGGCUGUCUCUGUGGCCAUAUCUGUCACCCUGGCUGCCUACUGCUGCAAGGUUAUCAACUGCUGCUCACCCACAUCCAGGAUGCCUGUGAUCACUGUCCAAGCCCCUCCCACACAGCAAUAGGAAUGAAUCAAACCAAUAAAGCCAACCAACGGGCACAAGAAAACAUAAUCUGUCACCGUCUGCACUACCAAUACUAAUUAUGAAAGUAAUUUCUGCCUGCUAAAGAUUUGACACAUGGUAUACUGACUUGCAUUUAUUUUUGUGUGUGUAUUACUAUAUAUUACAAUAAAACAGUCUGGUAAUUUC